GUCACCAAUUUCCUGCCACGCCCAACAUGGCGGUCCGCGGGCUCUCAGUGUCGGCGGCGUCCCGCUGGGAGACUGGAAAGCCCGGCGGACCAGAGAGGCGCCGCCGCGCACCCGCAGCCGUGGAGGCCGCCAGGCCCUGCCCCCGCGGGGUGGACGAGCCCAAGCUGGAGCUGAGCUCGUGGCUGGACGUGGGCAGCCAUGAGGAGCGGAGCGGCUCCCGCCCGCUCUGGGAGCCCGGGCAGCCCUCGGCGGCGGCCGCGCUGCUGGAGCGGUGCCUGGCGGCGGGCACCGUGACCCAGGAGACAUUGGAUUUAACUCGCAGAGAAACGCCAUGCUUUGUGAAAUUCUCAGAGAUGGAAAAAAUGGCAAACAUGCAAGCUGAAAUCAAUGAGAUAAAACUGAAAACUGAAAUUAUGCAGUUGGAGAAUGAGACAGCAGACAUUACUCACGUUUUUUACUUAGGGAAAAAAUAUGAGAUUUUGCAAGAUAUGAACAGUCACUUGGAAGCUGUACUGAAAGAGAAGAGGGCUCUCAGAAAGAGGUUGAUAAAACCCAGAUGUCAAGAGAGCCUGCCCAUUGAAGCUACUUUCCACAAGUGUAUAGUAGAGUUGUUGACUGAGGCUGUGACUUUCACUGAGAAGCUUGAAAGCCAUUUGCAGUCUGUGAGAAGCAUCCCUCAGGUACCGAAUAUGAUGAAGAAUAUGGACACCGCUUUGACAAAAACAGAGGUGUUCGUGAUGGAAUUGGAGGAGCUGACAGAGCAAAUACUGAAAUGGAGAGAACUGCAAAAAGAAGUGUAUUCUGACAGCAUACGCAAUCGUGCUGAAUUGGACUUUGGCUUAUAUUUAACCUAACAAGUCAUUUUCCUCAAAUAGGAUUUCUUCCUUCAAAGAACAACCUUUUUAUGGUCUUCUGUGAAAACUGCAACACAGUUAUGUUGUAAUCCAGGAGAGACUUUGCAGGUAGUUGUAUUUCUGUUAUUAAGUAACAGUUCUCCAACUAUUUACUGAAAAAAAGGAUAGUGAGCAGUAGCUCACAGGAAGACAGGCUAUUGAGAAGCCUGUUAAGGAAUUACUUUUUGGAGUAGUUGGAUAGGAUUCCCUUGGAGGCUGUAUCUUCAAUGGAAAUUUGUUUUGAUAAUUUCUUAUGCAUUUGCUCUAGUGUCUUUAUUAAUUUUUUUAAGAAUCUUGAUAAAACGUAUUUUGUAUGCCACUUUAAACUUUAAUAAAAACACUAGAUUUCAA